GAUUAACUGCACCGGUGCGCGAAGCCGCAUCGGUGUGCGGCGAGCCAGUAGCCUUGCCCAUGAACCAAUGAAGAAGAAUAACUGCGCGGGGCUUUCCGUGCACCGGAAAAAAACCGGCCGGGCGUGAUCUCUCGACACUAGUGCGGCUCGGCCUCCGCCCUCGCGAUGGAUCGGGACGCGAGCAGCUGGCGCGACGCGAUUCGCCGCUGCAAGGAGGUCCCACAGCUCGUGCAACGGCACAAAGCGACGACUUGCCGGGCAACCGGCGCUGAGUCAUCAAAUCGGGACCGCGACACACGGGGCAGUUUUCCUCCCGCGCAGCAGCUGACGCCGCAGAAGUUUGUUCUUCAAGUACCCGACUCAAGUACUACAACAACGGCCGCAACUGGACCAAAUGCAGGAGCACCCGGACAACUGGACUCGCAAAACAAACUGAAGCGCACCCUGACCCUCUUCGACCUCGUGGGCUUCGGUCUCGGAUGUACCAUUGGCGCCGGGAUUUUCGUGUCCCUCGGCGUGGCGGCGAAGUUGACCGGCGUGAAGUCCGUGUUUCUCUCCUUCGUCGUGGCGGCGCUGGGCUGUCUCGGCAGCGGCCUGUCCUACGCGGAGAUGGCCACACGGAUUCCGACGGCGGGCAGCGCGUAUUCCUACGUGUACGCCGUGUUCGGCGAAUACGCGGCGUUCCAAACCGGCGGGCUCAUCGUCCUCGGCAACAUCGUGAGCACCGCGGCGGUGGCGCGGUCGUUCACAAACUACCUGAAAAGACUGUUGGUCGACACCCUUUUAGAAGCACCAUCUUCAGCACCGCGUAGUAGUUACGUUGCACCAGGAGGCAGUCAGAGGACUACUAGUCCUACAAUGGUUGGGCAAACGACCGGAACACCAGCCAUAACGUCGAAGAGCAGUAAAAAUUUUGUGGAACACUACCCCUGGCUCUUCGAUCACCCGGUCUCAACAACAGACGGCUACGACACGGGACUCUCCCUCUCCCUGAUCUCCUAUGACCUGCUCAAGCGUUACAAUCUCAAACGUUACAAUAGAGUCUGGAUUUUGCAUUGCGUGACGAGCAUGUGCAUGACAGACUCGGACAGCAUUCCGCUUUCUGCAAUACAAAUUUCGCCAGAUUGUAGUUCGGUUUGGGACUCCGGAACUUGUCAUGCGCAAUCCUGUGGGAGUGGGGUAGAUCAUGCACUUGCAUCACAGAUUUCCAUAUUCUAUUGUAACGCUUGAGGUUGUAACACCGGAGCAGGUUAUAUCUCCUGCUUGCUGAUUCUAAUUCUUGGGGUGAUCAAUCUGAAAGGCGUACCGGCGGCUUUCAACGGUGUCGUGCAGAUUUUCAACAUCGGCAUCGUCUUCUUCUUCAUUUGCGCCGGGGCGCUCCUGUGCUUCACUCAUCCGCUGGUGGAUAGUACCGGGUCGACGUCGGCGGGUCGCGAGGCAGUUGUUCCGACGACGAGCACGAUGAAUGUUGGUGGGCGGCCAACUACGUCAGGUAGCAUUCCGUCAGCAACACCUGCGUCGAGUUCCUAUCACAACUUCAACCUACCGGCCUCUGCGGCGCGGUACCGGGAAGACAAAAACGAGAGCCGCAGCAAGGGGACAAACAAAAAUAGUGGAGAAAGCGAUAGAGUCGAGGGGUCGAUGCUACCGAAGGAAAAGCCUAUGCCAAAAAGCCCGAAGGACUUGCCGGGAAGAAAGCUAAGAAAACUUCUGUUGGGUCGUGGACCGGCGAAAAUAAAUAGCCGGCGAGAACAAUCAGCAUCAUCCGCACCACUACAACCGUCCGCAACAAGAAAAAUUUCCUCGUCGACACGAGAAACAGCAAAACCCCAACCCGAAGAAGAGCCUUUCCUGAAGAACGGGUUUCGCGGGGUCUUACGCGGCGCGUCGCUGGUGUUUUUCGCCUUUCUCGGAUUCGACAUGGUGACCACUUUAGCCGAAGAAGCGAUCAAUCCGAACCGGGUAAUCCCGAACGCCAUCGUACUGACCAUCUUCGUUUCCUGCACCCUCUACGUCUCCGUCUCCCUCGUUUUCGCCUCCAUGGUGCAAACCAACGAGAACGUGGACACCAAGGCGCCCCUCGCCCACGCGUUUCGCCUCCGGGGGGCGCCGCAAGUGAUCACCAGCGUGAUCUCGGUUGGCGCACUGGGCAACACCUUGUCGACGGUGCUGGCCUGCAUCGUGGCGAACCCGCGAAUUUUAUACCGGAUGGCGGAGGACGGGCUGAUACCCGGGAAGUUUGGUCUAAGAAGCGGAGGAGCAAAUGGUGACAGCAAUACCGACGAAAACGAGGGAACGGUUCCCAGAUUCGCGGUCAUCUUCUCGACCGUAAUCGCCGCGGUGUUUGGCGGAUUUUUAGAAUUCGAGCUCCUCGCGGACUUCGUGUCGCUCGGCGCGUUGGUCGGGUUCACGCUGGUAUCAAAUGCAAAAGUGUCUCGGUCUGGAACAAAGCAACUUGUCAUGCUAAAUCUGAAUCAUGUAAAAUUGAUUCUGUGUUGCAUGAUUACCAAAAGCUGUGCACUUUUGACCUAAUCGAGAGGCAGUUUCUCAUGCAGGAUAGGCAUAAUAGAACUCUCACAGAAUCUGUCAUGCCAUGUCCUGCAUGCCAGACCUCAUGGGCCAUGGAAAACCUGCAUGACAAGUCUGGCACUCUUCCAGACCCAGACACUUUUGCAGUUGGUAGCUGGUCGCCGCGGGAGCGGUGGAGCUGCGGUUCCGGUUUGAAAGGACGAGAAUUGUGGACGAUAGUAACGCGGCGGCUUUGAUGGCGGUAGGUGACCACAGAAGUAGAUCCGCGACGGGGACCCGGCGCGGCUUUUCACCGAGCAGUACUAGCAAAACCACGGAGCUUAUCAAAUGUAAAAAUGUCUGGGUCUGGAAGAAUGCAUGUUUGUCAUGCUUGUCUGGCAUGACUCUUAAAUCUGUCAUGCACGUUGCCCCAGAGCCGCACUUUUCUGUCAUGCGACGAAGCGAUUUGUCAUGCAGAAUAAGCAACACCUACAAGCUCAGAAGUUUGUCAUGCUGAGCCAGCACUUGUGGCCUCCUCAUGCUACGCCACUCAGCAUCACAAGUUUCCAGACCCAGACAUUUUUACAUUUGAUAGAGCUCGAACUCGUCACCGCGGUGGGUGCAGCCUCACCGAAGCAGGACGGGACGGGAGGGGCGGUUAGCAUGGAGGAGCAGGCACUACCAGGAGGAGGAGUUCAAGACCUCUCGAGGACGGGUGAAGCCGCAGCAGACAUCUCUUCCGGCUGCGACGGGGACUCUGAUUUCGAGACCGUGACAGCAGAGGAAAGUCUUGGCACCAACCCGGACACCUGCAUUCCGUCGCUGCUAGCGAUCAUCACGGGAGGCCUGUUGCUCUCGCACGCCUAUUACGUGAUGAAAAACAACAAAGGAGCUUCCAAUCUAUUCGUCUUUUGCGCUGGUUUUGUCAUUCUCCUGCUCGGCGUUGUCGUUUUGGUCUACAAAUGGCACUUCUGCACGGUGUCCACGCGGAUAGAACAGGACAGAAGUAGAGACGACUCAAGCAGCUUGCUCUCUACUUCGGAGCAACUCGAAAAAUCUUCUUCUUCUUCUCCUUACUACAUGAGCGGCAAAAAUGGAACCGCGCAUCAUCAACCCGACGCACCGUCUAUUAUCGGAAGGAGCACAAACCCGCUGUACCAGACGCCGCCGACUACAAGGCAAAAGCUGGAGCACAAGAUAAGAACGCAGCGGAUCAAUAUGAGAGUGCGCAACCCCCCCCCCCUCCCCCUCAUUUGUCAUGCAAAAUGCCUAACUCACUCCUGGGCCGCGUUUGGCACUGUUUGCAUGGCAAAUUCUGGCAGCCCAAAUAGCACCACACGCCUGUGCAAAUUUGUCAUGCAAAACCUGUAUUCUUGCUGACGCUUGUAUUGCUGGUCAUGCAAUACAAAUGAGGGGGGGGGAGUUGUGCACUUUCAUAAUCAAACAGGAGGAAGAGCUGCAGACCAAGUUUCGCAUUCCCUUCAUGCCCUUUCCCGCGCUGGUGUCGAUCCUCUGUAACUGCUACCUGAUUUGUAUGGAAGUGUCAGAAUCGAAAUCGAGAAAAUCGAAAAAUUUGUGAUGCACAAAAUCGAUGCCAGUCGGAGCCUCAGUUUCCAAGUGGCGCAUGACAAAUUUCGGGACCACCAAAAUCCAGUCUGUCAUGCUGUUUGGGCAAAGCAGACUGCUCCUGUCAUCCUACUCUGGCAACACAUUGCAUACCCCUAAACAGGCUUACAAUCGGUCUCAUUUGCCUGCUCCCCAAUACAGGCGUCGCGUGCCCUAUAUUUUAUGCACCACAAAUUUUUCGAUUUUGUCGAUUUCGAUCCUGACACAUCCAUAAUUUGCGGUUUGCCGAGCCACGCGCUGAUGCAGGGAUUGGUUUUUGCGGUUCUCGCGUCGAUCCUCUUUUUUUCUUACUCCCGGCACCAUUCGAAACUGGCGAUGAGCCGGCGGAAUCAGUCGACGCCGGCUACGACGACGGGAGAGGCACUUGAGGGAUUUGGCCGAAGUAGAGACGGAGCUACCGGUAGUGGUGGUUUUCUUGCAGAUGAGGAUGUGUUUGUGAUAGAGGAGAAUGAGGAAGAUGCCGGUGAAAUAAAAGCACGGACAUCACCAGGGCCGCACUCUGGAUCGUUCAGUACUCUGAGCACAAAGAAGAAGAACAGGACAGGAACGCCCGCUGAGUGAGAUGAAGUUGUGUGAUGCGUAAAAUUUGCCUUGCGAGUUCUUGUUGUCACGUCACCUGAAAGAAAUCGAGUGAAGAU